CUCCAUCCAUCCACCCAGCCUCCUUCCCAGCCAGAACUGGGAGGAAUGGGAGAGAGGCAGACCAAGCUGAAGCCAGAGACCCAGACAGCAAAACCUUGCCACUGAUCCAAGAGAUACUGCAAAGCAUCUGAAUUUUGGGUCUCUGUGUGUAUUUGUGUGCUUUUAAAAGGGAUGCUCAUCACCCAGGCAAAUCCACAAUGAUCCCUCCAACGGCUGCGACAGCAAGUCCUUCCAGCGAUGCGCUCUUCCCUACGCUUGCUUCUCAGGAACUGUGGAGGUCCCAGGUGACCGGGUACGCGGGAUCCAUCACCCGCCACAUCAGCCACCGCGCCAACAACUUUAAAAGGCACCCGAAGAGGAGGAAACAUAUCCGGCCUUCCCCUCCGCCUCCUCCAAACACCCCUUGCCCCAUCGACCGGAUCCACUUUGGAGAGAUCCAUCCACAGAGGUCCUUCCUGGAACUGUUGUUCAACGGGUGCAUCCUUUUUGGGAUCGAGUUCAGCUAUGCCAUGGAGACCGCUUACGUGACGCCGGCCCUGCUUCAGAUGGGAUUGCCGGACCAGUUGUAUGGGAUGGUUUGGUUCAUCAGUCCGAUCUUGGGUUUUCUGCUGCAGCCUUUGCUGGGUGCCUGGAGCGACCGAUGCACCUCGCCUUUCGGCAGGAGGAGACCCUUCAUCUUGGUCCUGGCCAUUGGAGCGUUGGCAGGACUUUCCCUUAUGCUGAACGGCAGAGACAUCGGCGUCGCAUUGACCGACACUGUGAACAACCACAAGUGGGGCAUCGUGCUCACCAUCUGUGGGGUCAUCCUGAUGGACUUCUGCGCCGAUUCGGCGGAUAACCCCAGCCAUGCCUAUAUGAUGGAUGUCUGCAGCCCGGCGGACCAGGACCGGGGACUGAAUAUCCAUGCCUUGCUAGCCGGUCUCGGAGGCGGAUUUGGCUAUGUCGUCGGAGGGAUCAACUGGGACCGAACCAGUUUUGGGAAGGCGGUGGGGGGCCAGCUUCGUGUCAUCUACAUCUUCACCUCCAUCACCUUGAUGGCGGCCACCAUUUUGACAUUGGUCAGCAUCCCCGAGCGAACCCUGCCCUCCUUCAGCAAGAAGAAGAAAGUGAUGAAGAGUCCCAGCUUGCCGCUCCCGCCUUCGCCGCCCCUUCUCUUCGAGGACUGCACAAGCGACCACCUCACCUCUCACAACCCGGUCCGCCUCUAUGCCAGCUUCACCAGCCCCAUCUCUCCGCUCAGCCCCUUGACCCCCAAGUACGGCAGCUUCAUCAGCCGGGACAAUUCUUUGACGGGGCUGAGCGAUUUUGCAUCCUCCUUCGGGACCUCGAAUAUCGACAGCGUGCUCAUCGAUUGUUUCACCACCGGGCACGACGGGUACUUGGCCACCUUGCCGGCCAGCUUGCCCAGGCAGGCAAUCAGUGGCAGCUUCCCUAGAGCUCUGGAGGGUGUCUAUUGCCAUGAAAAUGGUGCCUCCGAAGGGAGAGAAAAUUUGGGGACUCCUGGGGCGGACGGAGAUGGCUUGCAGGUGGGAUCCCUGGAUGCCAUUAAACCCCGGGCAUCGGGGAUCCUGAAAAGGCCGCAGACUUUGGCCAUCCCAGAUAUUAUUACGGGCAACAUCCCGGAAAGCAGUCGGAGAAGAAAUGUCACCUUUAGCCAACAGGUAGCAAACAUUUUGCUGAACGGAGUGAAGUAUGAGAGCGAACUGAACAGCUCCAGUGAACUCUCAGAGCAGCCGCUUUCAAUGAAGCUCCUAUGCGCCACCAUCUGCCACAUGCCCACAGCCCUGCGAAACCUCUGCAUUAACCAUUUCCUAGGCUGGCUCUCGUUCGAAGGGAUGCUCCUGUUCUACACGGACUUCAUGGGAGAAGUGGUCUUCCAAGGGGACCCCAAAGCGCCACACGAUUCAGAGGAGUAUCAGAAGUACAAUGCCGGGGUGACCAUGGGAUGCUGGGGCAUGUGCAUCUAUGCCUUCAGUGCAGCACUUUACUCAGCCUCACUAGAAAAGCUGGAGGAACACUUCAGCAUCCGCACGCUGUAUUUUAUAGCAUACCUUGCCUUUGGACUCGGCACUGGCCUAGCCACGCUAUCCAAAAACGUCUACCUGAUUUUGUCACUCUGCGUGACAUAUGGCAUUUUGUUUUCGACACUCUGCACGCUCCCCUAUUCGCUGUUGUGCGACUACUACCAGUGUAAAAAAUUUGCUGGAUCGAACGAAGACGGCACCAAGAGGGGCAUGGGAGUGGACAUCUCCCUCCUGAGCUGCCAGUAUUUUCUUGCCCAGAUUCUCGUCUCGGUGGUGAUGGGGCCUCUGACCGCCGCGGUGGGCAGCGCCAACGGGGUGAUGUACUUCGCCAGCAUGGUCUCUUUCGUGGGCUGCUUGUACUCGUCCCUCUGCGUCGUUUACGAGAUCUCGCCAAGUGAGGAACUGCCUGAGGAGCAACAGCCGCUGAUGCUGAGCACAUGA